AUGGCUACAGAUACCCUUAUUAAGGCCAUCGAUAUAACUGAUAUCAAUAGAAUUACAUCGGGACAAGUUAUUGUUGAUUUGAUAUCUGCUGUAAAAGAACUUAUAGAUAACAGUAUUGAUUCUGGUGCAGAUCAAAUUGAUUUAACUUUUCAAAAUUAUGGUAUUGAAUCAAUUGAAUGUUCUGACAAUGGUAGUGGAAUCUCAGAAGAAAAUUUUCAAACAUUAACAUUAAAACAUUAUACAUCAAAACUGACCAACUUUAGUGAUAUUAUGAAUAUUACAUCACUUGGAUUUAGAGGUGAAGCAUUAUUUUCAUUAUGUAAUAUCUCUAAAUUAUCAAUAACCACUACCCAAAAUGGUCCCAAAGCAAAUAAAAUUGAAUAUGAUAACAAUGGGAAAAUAACUUCAAAUAAUAUCACAUCAAGAAAUAAAGGAACCACAGUAGAGGUUCAGGAAAUGUUUAAAAGUUUACCAGUAAGGAGGAAAGAAUUUAUUAGAACAGCCAAAAAUCAAUUUGCUAAAUGUGUUACCCUUUUACAAAGUUAUGCCAUUAUUAAUGAGAACAUUAAAUUCACUAUUAUUAAUAUUAAUAAUAAUGGUCGUAAAAAUAUAAUUUUAAGAACUAAUAAAAAUGAAAAUAUGUCAAAGAAAAUUUUGAAUUUAUUUGGUUCAAGUUGCCUUCACGGGUUAUUACCACUGGAUAUAUGUUUGGAUCUACAUGAUGUAAAAGAAGAAAUUCAAAAAAGAGAGAAUAAAAUAAAGCUAUUAAUGAAUGGGUCUGACAUACGAUCUCAGCAAGAUGAUUUACAAGGUGUAGAAUACAAUAUAAAUGUAUCAGGGUUUAUAUCUAAGAGUUCAGUUGGGGUCGGUCACAAUUCUAGAGAUAGACAAUUCAUAUACAUAAACAAAAGACCUAUAUUGUAUCCUGUUUUGAAUAAAUGUUUUAAUGAAACGUUUCGCAGUUUUAAUAAUGAAACUAAUCUGAAGUAUCCAAUAUUUUUUGUUAAUUUUGAGAUUGAUCCUAAUUUAAUAGAUAUAAAUAUUACUCCAGAUAAAAGAACAGUCAUAAUUCAUAAUGAAGAUAUUAUAAUAGAUACACUUCGGGAGAAUUUAAUCACCUUUUUUGAGAAACAAGAUGUAUCUAUGGUCAAAUCAUCGACUCUUGAAAAAAGAAAAAGAACAGAUGAAUACUUAAAUGACAAUGAUGAAGAAAUUAAGAAUGAAGAAAUACCAAAGGCACAAGAUCUGAACUAUAAAAAACCAAAAAGAAAAGAAUACAACAAUAAAACUUAUUCUGAUAAAGCUGAUUUCUCUGACAUUUCUAUUGAUGAUCACGCAAAUAAUAAUGAUACAGAAUUAAGUUCCAUAAUGGAUAUACGAAAAGAUGAUUUCCCAAGUUCACAAGGUGAAGAGAAUAAAUUACCGAAUUCCGAACCAUCAUUUACCAAAGAAAAACCAGUUUUCGAGGAAGAGGAAAAAGAGCAGAUUUUCUCAACUAAUAAAAAAGUAGAACAUGAUGCAUCAGGUAAUAGCGAAGUAUUAAACCAAAAUUCAACAAAUAUCUCACUUAAUAAGAUAAACCUUGAUGAUUUUAAGAAUCCAGAAUAUGAUAAUGAUGCUAAUAAUUUCCCAGGUGGUAAAUCUGAAAGUGAAGAAAGUGAUACUAAUGAUGUAGUUGUUGUUCAAGUUGGUGAAGAAAUUAUUCAGUCUCAAGUAAAAGUUACACCGAAUAAAGGGUUAGUAUUCUUAGAUGAGCAAGAUGAGAAACCAACCAAAAGUAAAAUUGAUAAAUCUAAUUGUCAUAAUGAUUGCCUCUCUGACGACCAACACAAUUCAUCGUGUAGUGACGACAAUAGCUACAAUCUCGUUGAGAUUUCCACACCUAUGGAAACUAAUAUUCGUUCUCCAGUAAUAAAACUUGGAGAUGACGUAUUUAGUAAUACAUUAAAACUGAGAGCUAUUUGUGAAGAACGAGAAAAGAUUUUUAACAAGAAAUUCGAAAUAUAUGGACUCGAUAUUCCCCUAAAUAAAGAAAUUACUGACAUAAAACUAGAGUUCAAUAGGGUUAUCACUACAAUUAAAGGAUGGGAUACACCAAACAAAGAAGAUAAUAAUGAGAAUGUAAUUAAUGAUGAUGAACCAAGUGACGAUAAUAUUCAAGAUAUAGCAAAAAAAUUAACCUUAACCAUCAUUAAAUCAGAUUUCAAUGAAAUGAAUGUUGUAGGUCAAUUUAACCUUGGUUUUAUUAUCACAACAAAGAGGAAUAAGCAGAAUAAAAAAAUAGAUCUUUUCAUCAUUGAUCAACAUGCAAGUGACGAAAAAUAUAAUUUUGAGAUGUUACAAAAGGAAACAAUAUUUAAAUCCCAAAGACUAAUAGUGCCCGAAAAAUUAGAAUUAAACAUCAUAGAUGAAUUGACAACCUUAGAUAAUAUUGAAGUUUUGGAAAAAAAUGGAUUUAAAUUACAAGUUAAUGAGGAUGCCGAACCCGGAUCUCGUAUUCAAUUAAUUAGUAAACCGACAUCGAAAAACACAACAUUUGGUAUUGACGACUUAUAUGAAUUGAUCAGUAUGAUUAGAGAACAUGAUGGUAUAAGAAAGGAUUAUAUUAGAUGCUCAAAGAUUCGCUCUAUGUUUGCCAUGAGAGCCUGUAGAAUGAGUAUCAUGGUUGGAAAGCCAUUGAAUAGAAAAACUAUGAAGAAAGUAGUAGGUAAUUUGAGUACUCUGGAUAAACCUUGGAAUUGCCCUCAUGGAAGGCCAACUAUGAAGCAUUUAUUGGAACUAAAUGAAUGGAAUUCAUUUACAGAUGAUUAUAAUAUUUGA